AUGGACACGGUUUGGUGUCUAAUCAUUCUUCUAUCGGGGAUUGCUAUUGCUGCUCCAAAUUCAAAGCCGUCUCUGCCUACUCUUCCGAUUGGCACUUUGCUUGCACAGGACGUGGCCCACUUCCUGAGUGUAUUCAAGGAUUUUAGCAAAGAUAGUAUCAAAGAUGUUCACUAUGCAUAUAUUGGGAGUUCAGUUUUCAAUCAGAAUUUUGUAGAAGACUUUCCGUGUGAUCAAUUGAAGUUGCACUUUGAUUCCUUAGAUGCAGAGAUGCAAUACUACUCCCUCUCCGCUGCAAGGGGUGUUAAAUCUUGUGCUCCCAAAGUUUCUCAACCUAACCAGUUAAAGGACGCCCUGCAGAAGGAAAAAUUAACAGUGGAUCAACUAUACUACCUCGUCUCUAGUGCAAAUAUUGCCCAAGUCAGUAUUAAUAAGGAAGUUGUGCUGAAACUACUCGCUACCUUUGCAGCCAAGGAAACCGGACCAUCUGGGCUCUCUACCAUUCUUGCCACUGCGUCUAUCGUCAAAGGUGCAACGUCUAAGGAGCUGGAACCGUUCUUCCACAUUGUAGCAAAGCUCGUUGAUCAAGCCGAUGAAGUUGAUGGGUCUAUUCUUUUCGUAACCUUCAAUUUUGCAUCACAUCGCAAAUUGUAG